UGAGAGAUAGUCACAAUAUCAAACUAGGCAGCUGUAAAAAGCAACAAGGCGCCGUUUGACUCCACAGAAUCGGCUUUUGUACGCGGUCCGAGACCUGUUCACGGGUUCUGCACACAGGCAUGGCGCGUUUUCUGUAGCGUGAUUUAUUUUUGAAUGUCGAUUUUGUAAAACGCCACCGGCGACUGUUUAUAUUGUGUUUUUGUCCGGAUUUCAACAGCUCACCCCUGUGGCUUUCUCUGGUUAGCGUGCUAAUCCAUGCUUUCUUUGUGCGUAAACAUCGUAAACAACAUCACGACUCGAUUUUAAGCCCUUUGUUUGGUCUUGCAGGGCGUUUUGAGCUGUUUUGCUGCUGGAAGGAUGUCAACACAAGGAAGCGCGGUUCAUGACUCCGAUAUUCACAAUCAGGAAAACAUGCUUUCGAGGCUACGCGGUGCUGCUGCAAAGAACAGGGUUGAAAAUCGUGAAAAUGUCAAUCCUAACCCUAAAGCAGCUAACAACAGGACAGUCCUGGGCGAGCUGGAGAACAACCAGAGGAGACAGCUCGGUCUGCGAGGCGCUAAACAGGGGUCUGGGCCACAGAUAAUUGCGUGUAAACCUGAAGAAAAUGCCAGGAGUUUUGGAGAGAGGCCUAGCAACAGACAGCCUGCUGCUUUUCAGAUUCACGUGGAUGAGCCUGAUGGCGCGUGCUCCAAGAAAGCACCUUUACAGAGAUCCACCAUGGACUGUUCCCCGCUGACACUAAACCCCACUGUCACCCGCCUCAGGCAGCCCCUCGCCACCAUUGACCUUCCACUGGAGGCCAGUUUUGAUUCUCCAAUGGACAUGUCAGUAAUCGAUUGUGAGGAACGACCAACAAAUGUCAAUGAAGUCUCAGAUUAUGCAGCAGAAAUCCACACGCAUUUGCGGGAAAUGGAGGUCAAGUCUAAACCGAAAGCAGGUUACAUGAGAAAACAGCCAGACAUCACAAACAGCAUGCGUGCUAUUCUAGUGGACUGGUUGGUGGAAGUGGGAGAAGAAUACAAGCUACAGAACGAGACUCUUUACCUGGCUGUAAACUACAUUGAUCGCUUUCUGUCCUCCAUGUCUGUGCUGAGGGGGAAACUGCAGCUGGUGGGCACGGCUGCUAUGCUUUUGGCUUCGAAGUUUGAGGAGAUUUACCCUCCGGAGGUGGCGGAGUUUGUGUACAUCACUGACGACACGUACACAAAGAAACAAGUGUUGCGGAUGGAGCAUCUGGUGCUGACAGUUCUCUCGUUUGAUCUGGCCGCUCCCACCAUCAAUCAGUUCCUCACCCAGUAUUUCUUACACCAGCCUGUGAGCAGCAAAGUCGAGAGCUUAUCAAUGUUUCUUGGAGAGCUCAGCUUGAUAGAUUGCGAUCCCUUCCUCAAGUAUCUCCCGUCUCAAAUGGCUGCUGCUGCUUUCAUCUUGGCCAACCACACACUGGCCAGUGGAUCAUGGUCGAAGUCUCUUGUUGAUUUGACGGGUUACUCUUUGGAGGAUCUUCUGCCGUGUGUUCAGGAUCUCCAUCAGACAUAUCUCGCUGCUUCUCAACACGCUCAACAGGCUGUCAGAGAGAAAUACAAGGGCUCAAAGUACCAUGAGGUGUCCCUGAUCGAGCCUCCAGAGAAGCUGAUGCUGAACUAACCCUCCAUCAACAUUGUGUUCAUGUCUUCCAGAACUCUGUUAGGAAUCGUGCGCACACUUUGAUGCUUUAUUACCAUAACUCCAAUAACUGAAGCCAUAGCCUCAAUUUGGGGAAAUGGUGAGAUUUUAGUGAUCUGGACAUUUAACUUUUUUUUUUAUUUUUAUUUUUUUAUUUGCAGUCCUUAAGGAUUGUGCCCUUUUUAUGCUUGAUUCAGCCAGAUAUUUGUACAUUUUUAGGUAAUCAAGCUUUGUUUGGAUAUUUCAGUGUUUGUACUCUAUUUUUAUGAAAGACUCCAGCAGUGCACUUUCUAUUUUCCACUGUUAAAGUGACCUUCCCUUUACAUCCAAAUAAAAGUGCUGCUGGCCUUUAAAGCACUCUG